AUGUUCAUCCAAACCGAGACCACACCGAACGAAGAUUCGUUGAAGUUCAUCCCCGGAGUGCCCGUCAUGGAGAAAGGCAGUGCAGAGUUCCUAGACACUCGUUCUGCAUUCAAGUCACCACUUGCAAUUCAUCUCCUGGGCGUCGAGGGCGUUACAGGCGUGUUCUACGGCCCCGAUUUCGUCACGGUAUCCAAAGACCCGGAGACGUCUUGGGCAGUGAUUAAGCCUGAGGUGUAUUCGAACCUCAUGGAGUUCUUCUCAUCCGGCCAGCCUCUAUUCCGGUCGGAGGAAGACCGGGCAGCCGCAGGCCCGCAAGAUACGCGGAUAUUGGACACGGACUCUGAGACGGUCGCAAUGAUCAAGGAACUGCUUGACACUCGAGUACGACCUGCCAUCCAGGAGGACGGCGGCGAUCUUGAAUACCGUGACUUCACUGAUGAAGGUAUCGUACACGUGAAGCUCAAGGGUAGCUGUCGAGGUUGCGACUCGAGUACGGUCACGCUCAAGAGCGGCAUCGAGCGGAUGUUGAUGCACUACAUACCAGAGGUCAAGGGUGUGGAACAGAUCCUUGAUCAGGAGGAACAGAUUGCUCUCGAAGAGUUCGAAAAGCUCGAGAAAAAACUGGGUCACGAACCAGAGAAGAAAGACGCAAGGUAA